UUACGCACUGUAGGCUUUAGCUUAGGUAGCGUAACAUAGUGUGUUUGUACUUCUAGUGUUAUUGUUUGUAUAUAUUUGACGUGACUUAAGAUAAUGUUUUUUAAGAUCCAGAAGAUUUGUCCGACAAUAAGAAUUGGCCAAUUUUGAAAAAUGUUGUGGAACAGGAACCCCUAACAGCUAAGAUCAGUUUUGUUAGAAUUAUGACCAAAGAAGUUGACUGUGAUUGUAUAAGAACAGAGAUUGAUUGCUUAGAAAACAGUUUCAUCAGACAGAAGAUGAAUGGAGAUUCAAGUGACACAGGAGAUGAUGUUAGGAUUAGUUUAACUUCAUUUGACAGAGAUGAAGGAAGGUUUCCUUCUGAGAAAUGGAAAACAUUUCUUGCUUUUACUUUCAUGUCCUUGAAUCUAGUCUUAAAUCUAACAUGCCUUUCAAUUGUGCACGAGAGAAUGCCAGACCGUACAAAGUAUCCUCCUUUACCAGACAUUUUCUUUGAUUUGUUUCCACCUGCUGACUGGGCUUUGGAUGUAUCUGAAGGGAUAAUUGUAGUAGCUGUGUGGUCAACGUUGUUUAUGAUUUUCAUGCAUAGAAGUAGAUUUAUCAUAUUAAGAAGAGUCUUCCUUAUUAUGGGCCUACUGUACUUUAUGCGCAGUAUUACAAUGUUUGUUACACAAGUACCAGUAGCAAGCACAACAUAUUAUUGCUCACCAAAGGCUAAUAAGACUUCUGCUGGUCUUGUCUUUGGGCGAGUGCUUCACAUGCUUGGUGGAUUUGGACUCUCUAUAAAUGGACGGCACACAUUUUGUGGAGACUACAUCUACAGUGGCCACACAGUUAUUUUAACCAUGGCCUAUCUUGUGAUACAGGAGUACACCCCUCGACGCUGUUGGUUUCUUCAUUGGCUUAUGUGGGCAGCAAGUGUUACAGGAAUCUUCAUGGUACUCCUUUCAAGAGGUCAUUACACUAUUGAUGUUGUUAUAGCAUAUUUUGUGACCACUAGAGUUUUCUGGAUGUACCAUACAUUAGCUAAUAAUCCAUCUCUGAAAGGUGAAGAACAUACAAACUUUUUAUCUAAACUCUGGUGGUUUCCAUUAUUCCUGUACUUUGAGCGUAAUGUUAAUGGUGUGAUACCUAGCCAGUACGAGUGGCCAUUACCUUGGCCAAGGAGAUGUUUCAGAUCUCCAUAUGUUUCUUAGCAUUAAAUCAGGAAUAGACUGAAUGUUGGUGAAGAUAUUUCUUAGGGAUCAAGAAAUAUAGGUGAAAUAUUAAAAUGUUUUAAUUUGAAUUAAAACCUGCAGGACUGAAUUUAAAGCAUUAUCAACAAAGUAUAGUACCUGUUGUUUUAAAAUAGUGUUUGUGGCAAUCUGUAUAGGAUACUUAGAAAGUGAAAAUUUUGAAUAAUUCAAUAGUUUUGUGAGUAUUUUAAACAUAUAGAAAUAAAUUUGUCUCUCUGUGCAAAAUAUUUUAAUGUUUUCACAUUUUGUAAUUUUCAGAGUAUUGAUUACUCAGUUUAAUCAGCUUUUGAUGAAACAGUUAUUAGUCCAUAAGAUAUUUUUGUGACUCCGAAAAAUGGAAAAAUGUGAUGUCGUAAAUAUGUGCAUACAAAGAAAUAUCUAUGGUUUUGGGUUUUUAGUAUAUUUGUUCUAUUAUAUGUGUAUAUGUUCAUGAGGUUUAUUUGAAUUAAAAAAGGUAUUAUUAAAAAAAUAUAUGUAAAACUGUAAUCUAACAAUUGUGUAAGUUACUGCAAAGUAAUAGUGAAAUUGAUGUUUAUGAUGGGUAAUUGUAUAUAUUUGCACUGACACUAUAAGAAUACUGAAAGUGAUGGCCUUUGUAAGUACUACUAUAGUCCAGCCAAUGAGCAUCAUUAGUCAGUCCUUGUAAGCACCAUGUGGUUUAUUGAAAUAGUUAAGCCUUUACUAUAUAUAUAUAUAUAUAUAUAUAUAUGUAGAUACAAGUGUGAACCACUCAUUGACUACAAAAAGUACAUUUUCUACUAAUGCCCAGUGAAUGUUGGACCUUAUAAACGUUUCUAUGAAGGCCUUGUUGCUGUAAUAGUAAUCAUUUAGUUAUUUCUACCCAGUUUUAAAUGUAUCAUGACUGUAAUAAGUUGUUCUUUGUAGAAUAAUAGAAUCAUGUUAAGCUUGGUUUUUUAGUUCCUUCAGUAAGAGAUGCUCAUAAAAACUAGGCAAAACACUUGUAUCUUAAAAUUUGUUCUACUGUUUUUUGGCCAAUAAUAAAAGAUAGAAUGCAUUCUGGUUGGCUUAAUUAUCCAUUGCACUUUACAGUUAGCUAUUGCAAUAUCAAGGAAUUGAAAAUAUAUAUAUAUAUAUAUAUAUAUUGAAGUUUUGAAUGUAAGGACAGAAGAGAAUUUAUAACUCUAAGGAAAAAUAUAUAAUGUUAUUAGUUAUUUCAAACAUGAAAAUUGUACUUUUUGUGAAUGUGUUUUUUAUAUGUUUAAGUAUAAGGUGUAUUAUUAAGAUGGGUACGACUCAACAGAUAAUUACUUGUAUACAUUUUUGUUUUGUAACUGUUUUCCAUUAAAAUUUAUUGAGCUUUUAAGUCUACAAAAAGCACACCAUCAAAACAGAAUUUGUGAUAUUUUAAUGCAAAGUCAUAUUUCAUAAAAGUAUUCAGCAUAACAUCAUACACAUUGCUGAAAAUUCCUUUCUAAGAACUGCUAACAAACAAUGUCAUUAUUGAAAUUUCUUUCUUAGUCUUUAGUGAAUAACAUCUCAUAAUUAUACCUUAUAUUGAAAUAAAUGUAUGUGUAUAUAUGUUUUGAAGGUUUUAAGUAUUGUUAAUACAGUAUGUGCUAUGCUGUUAU